AUGAUUAUUGGCGGUCGUGACAAUCGUGUGAUUCGCAGCAAAAUCACGGAGAAUCGGCGAAGCAUCAAAAUCGAUGCGAGAAAAUCGAUAAAUGUCAACGAAUUGCCGGGAUAUUUGAAAUUGUAUCAAACGCCGCCAGGAGACGAUAUUUCGUUGAUGGAAUUUGAUGAAAUUGCGAUGGAACGAUUGAAAUUGUUGAAGAGUUUCGAGAAUUGUAAAGAUAGUUAUCGAUUUAAUGAUCAGGAGUUUGUGAAUCGAUUCAGGAAACAAUAUGUGGAGUUGAAGAAGUUGAUUGGUGAGAUUUUUGAAUAACAAGUGGAGAAAAUCAUAGAAAUUGCUGGAUUUCAUGAAAAAUUGCAGAUUUUCCUUAAAAUUUCAUGAAAAACAUCAUAUUUCAUAAGAAAUUGCAGAUUUUCCUUAAAAUUUCUCGGAAAAACGUUGGAUUUCACGAAAAAAUGUAGAUUUUUUAAAAUUUCAUGAAAAACGUUGGAUUUCACGAAAAAAUGCAGAUUUUUCUUAAAAUUUCAUGAAAAACACUAGAUUUCACGUAAAAAUGCUGAUUUUCCUUGGGAAAAAUUGAAUUUUUCGCCAAAAGUUCAUCAGAAACAUCAAAACUGACGAGAAAUUGCAGAUUUUUCGUAGAAAAUCUGAAAUUGUUUCUGUUAAACACUAGAUUUCACGUAAAAUUGCACAGAAUUGUGGAAAAACAUCAAAACUGACGAGAAAAUGCAGAUUUUUCAUAGAAAAUCUGAAAUUGUUACUGUUAAACACUAGAUUUCACGUAAAAUUGCAGAUUUUCCUUGGGAAAUUUGAAUUUUUCGCCAAAAUUCAUCAGAAACAUCAUAUAUGACGAGAAAUUGCAGAAAAUCUUUGAAAUUUCUCGAAAAAAUCAGUUGAAACACCAUAUUUGACGAAAACAUGUAGAUUUUUUGGAAAAACAUCAGAACUGACGAGAAAAUGCAGAUUUUUCAUAGAAAAUCUGAAAUUGUUACUGUUAAACACUAGAUUUCACGUAAAAUUGCACAGAAUUGUUAGAAAAUUAUGGAAAAACAUCAGAACUGACGAGAAAAUGCAGAUUUUCAACCGUUUUUCUUGCAGUUCUUCCAAAAGAAGUGACAUUCGACAAAUCGCGCGAAGAAAUCGCCGAAUGUUGGCGACGCGACACAAUUGGUCAUUUCAUCUUGCGACUCGCGUUUUGUCGCACUCCCGAAUCACAAAAAUGGUUGACAAAUCUGGAGACCGAUCUUUUCCGCUUUCGAUUUUUGCACGAAUCGCCCAAAAAUGUCACAGCCGCUUUUGAGGAAAUGAAUUUGAAUAUUCAAAAAAUCACCAAAGAACAAAAGAUGGAAAUGUUGGAAGAUUUGGUGGAUGGUUGUCAAAUCGGAGCAGAUCAGGUUGAGAUUUGCGAUUUUUAUCGCGUUGAAUUCACCGAAGCUUUGGAGUUGAUUCGAAGAGGAAAUGUGCAUUUGGAUAAAGGUUUCGCCUAUUUUCCCUAUGAUGAUUUGGUUUCGAUUGUUGCGGCGAGAUUUAGGAAUAUUAUGAUGGCUGCGAUGGCGGUAAGGGCUUUUUUCUGAUCAAAAUUGGACUUUUCAGACUGUUUUUAGACCUAAAAAGCCCAAAAUAGGUCUAAAAACGGCCCGAAAAGCCCCAAAAAGCCUUAUUCCCUUCCUUUCUUCAGAGAUCCUACAAACAUUUGGCAAUUCUGGAAGAAGAAGGUCGACUUCUCCCACGUUUAUCUCGUCUCGCAAACAAUGUUUAUGAUGGAAAAGCGUAUAAUGGAGGAGAUGUUGGACAAAAUGAUCAGAUUACUAGAUUUAUGAUUGAUAAGGUACGUUUUUAGUCGAAUCCAUCAUUUUCAGCACAAAAAUUUGGAUCUAGAACAGUUUUUUGAUGAAAAAACAACGGGGGACUAGUUUUUCUCAAAAUGCAAAUUCUAGUCCCUCGGCUAAAAAUUCAGAUUUUCUAGACUCAAAAAAUUAUGAUUUUCAGAUUUUCUAGCAUUUCUAGCACAAAAUAUUGGAUCUAGAUCAGUUAAAAAAACGGGAGGGGGACUAGUUUUUCUCAAAAUGCAAAUUCUAGUCCCUCCGCUAAAAAAUAUAUUUUUUAGACUCAAAAAUUGCGCUGAAAAUUAUGAUUUUCAGCAUUUCCAGCACAAAAAUUGGAUCUAGAACAGUUAAAAAAAACAACGGGGGACUAGUUUUUCUCAAAAUGCAAAUUCUAGUCCCUUCGCAAAAAAACUAAUUUUCUAGACUCAAAAUUUGCGCUGAAAAUUAUGAUUUUCUAGCAUUUCCAGCACAAAAAUUGGAUCUAGAACAGUUAAAAAACUAGUUUUUUUCUCAAAAUGCAAAUUCUAGUCCCUCUGCUAAAAAAAAAUAUAUUUUCUAGACUCAAAAUUUGCGCUAAAAUUAUGAUUUUCAGAUUUUCUAGCAUUUUCAGAACAAAAUUAUGAUCUAGAACAGUUGGGGGGGACUAGUUUUUCUUAAAAUGCAAAUUCUAGUCCCUCGGCUAAAAAUAUGCAAAAAUUAUGAUUUUCUAGCAUUUUCAGCACAAAAUUUUGACCGAGAACAGUUCAACGGGAGGACUAGUUUUUCUCAAAAAUGCAAAUUCUAGUCCCUCGGCUAAAAAUUCACAUUUUUUAGACACUUUUUGAGCCCGAAAAUCAAGGAAAACUUUGGAUUUUCAGCUAAAAUUCAUCUGAAAAUCCACAAAUUCCUCAUUUUCCAGCUCUCCACCAAAUCCUUCCCACCGUGCAUGAAAAAUUGCCACGUAAAUCUACGCCGUGAGCAUCAUUUGAAAUUUGGCGCCCGUCGACAAUACGGCCUAUUUUUGAAAGCCAUCGGAUUGUCGCUCGAUGAAGCGAUGUCGAUGAUGAGAGAUGAAUUUACCAAGAAAAUUCCGAGUGAUAAGGUGAGGUCUAAUAUGAGCAAUAUAUUAUUGAUCCGCGCGAGAAAUUUGGAAAAGAAUGGUGUAUUUAUUUUUUUUGAACCCAUCGGGUUCCUUUAAGAAUUUUUUCCAAACAUGAGCAAUGUUUGGUAUCAUUCUGCUCUAAAUUUUAUAAUCUGAGCAAUCCAAUUUUCUGAUUUUCAGUUCGACAAAGAAUACGCCUACAAUAUUCGCUAUAUGUAUGGAAAAGAAGGCCGUCGGGUGGCCGAAAAUGGAAUGUCGUGUUCAUCGAUUAUUUUGAGAAAUCCACCGUCUGCUAUGGAUUGUCAUGGAUGUCCCUUUAGGUAGGGAGGGCUUUUCCGGGCUGAAAAUGGGCUUUUCUGGGCUUUUUUUGGCCAAAAACAGGCCCAAUUUUCAAAUUUUUCAGACACACUGAAAAACACGUGUUGGCUCAACGUCUUCAGAAGGAAAAUUUCAAUAAGGAGCAAAUUGAGAAGGUGAUUUUUUAUUUUGAAAAAAUUUUAAAUUUGGCGCCAGAAAUUGAAAUUUUUAAUUUUCCCGCCAAAAAUCCCCAAUUUUUUGCAGAUCAUAAAUUUCUCGGAAAACAAUGGCUACGACAAGGCGUGCACUCGUUUCUUCGAAUUUUCCCAUAAAUUAGAAGAGGGUGCACUUGGCUGUCUCAUUACUCAUCCUAAUCAAUUUUUUGAGGAAUCUCAGAAAAUUUUGAACCCAAAAGUUGCUAGUUCGCAGUGAAUUUCCUUUUUUUUGAUAUUUUUGUAUAACUUUUUUUUGUCAAAUAAAAAUUUCACUUUUUUCUUGCAAGCCUGGCACGGUUUUUUCCUCAAAAUUUGAAAUUUUCAAGCACCGCCUACUUUUUCUGCAAGCCUGGCACGGUUUUUUCCUCAAAAUUUUAAAAUUUUAGGCUCCGCCUUUUUUCUUGCAAGCCUGGCACGGUUUUCUCCUGAAAAUUUGAAAUUUUUAAGCAACGCCUUUUUUCUUGCAAGCCUGGCACGGUUUUUUCCUCAAAAUUUGAAAAUUUUAAGCACCGCCUACUUUUUCUUGCAAGCCUGGCACGGUUUUUUCCUCAAAAUUUGAAAGUUUUAAGCACCGCCUACUUUUUCUUGCAAGCCUGGCACGGUUUUUUUCCUCGAAAUUUGAAAUUUUCAAGCACCGCCUUUUUUCUUGCAAGCCUGGCACGGUUUUCUCUUCAAAAUUUUAAAUUUUCAAGCACCGCCUUUUUUCUUGCAAGUCUGGCACGGUUUUUUUCUCAAAAUUUGAAAAUUUUAGACUCCGCCCACUUUUCAAAAUUCUGUGUCGCUGAAAAUCUUGAAAAUUUCAUCUCUAUGUAGCCCAAUUUUCAGUAAAAAAUUCGAAUUUCCAACUAAAAACCCAAUUUGUUCAAAAACCCAAUUUGUCCCCUGCUUCUAGGUCUCACCACGAAAUUCGAGAAUUUUCAAAUCUGCCAAAGUUUCGCGCCAAAACCCACCAUUCAUCGCAAAAAACGAGUAAUACUCUCUCGCCAGCAAGAGACGCAGACAGGCUAGAAAAACAAGCGAGACGACGAGAGAGUGUGCGAAACGAAGAGAGCGCGCCAGAGAAAAAGGCGUUUCUUCUACUUUUUUUUCUUUUUUCGUCCCGUUUUGCUUCUUUAUUAUUGUCCACUUUUCCUAAUUUUGGAUUUUUGUGGUUUUUUCGAGACGAGAUGACAAAUCGCGAGAUUAAAGGUGGGUGUUGGGAGCGGGAAUUUGGGGAAGUUGCGAGAUUUUUGGGCGGAAAAUUUGAAUUUUUUGGAAAAUUUCGAUCUAGAAGGUUUUCGUUUUGGAAUGGGAUUCGAGAAUUUUCAGGUUUUUUGGGAAAAUUGUUGGGUUUCUAAAAAUUUCCAAGAUGUUUUGAUUUUCAAUUUUUCACAAAAAUGUUUUUUUUAUUCAAAAUCUACCUGGUAGCCUAGGAAACCUGGAUUUCUUGACCACAAGGAUUUUGAAAAUCUAAUUUUUCGCUGGCCUAGAAAACCAAAUGAAUUCUAGGCCACCAGCCACACAAAAAGACGAUUUUCUACUUUAAAAUGAAAAUUAUUUUGUCUAAUUCUCUCUGUUUGCCAUUAUAUUUCGCAUCGCUACGGUAUUAAAGGAACAUGAUGUUUUUCACAAAAGAUAUCUCGAAGCGGCGGCUUAUAUUAUUGAAAAUCUCAUCGGUACCACGAGCUCCAUCGAAAUAAACACGCAACGCAGACCGCGUCGCGCCACAACACACACAAAUAAGGGAAAGAUUCAAAUUCCCUCCCUUAUUUGUGUGUGUUGUGGCGCGGCGCGGUCUGCGUUGCGUAUUUAUUUCGGUGGAGCACGUGGUACCGAUGAGAUUUUCGAUAAUAUCUAAUCAGUUUUUAAUAUUGUUUUCUCGCAGAGCGAAGAUAUUGAAAAUGAGGAGGAUGAAGAGGAAGAAAUGGAAAUUCUGACCAAAGAGGAACCUGUGGAAAAACGAGAAGAAAAUGAAAAUGAGGGUAGUUCUUCGACAGGAAGUCCACCAAAAUUGACACCAGAGCCACAAGAAAUGAUGACGUCAUCGAUGGUCAAAAAUGGCGAGGAAGAAACACCAUCAGCUUCACCAACACCAAAGAGGAAAUAUAAGGAGCGAGAGAAGAAAACGACGAGAGAAUAUCGAGUGAAGAAAAAUCGAUUGAUAGAUCAUAAUGCGCCAAAACGAUAUAAAAGUCCUUAUGUUCAGUUUAUGAUGUGAGUCAGCUGGAAAUUUGACGCAUUUUGAUACCGAAUUUGCCGAAAAUUGAGAAAACCGCGACGCAGAGAUCAGUGCGUCGCGGUUUUUUCUAAAAUAUUGGAAAACCGCGACGCAGAGUACAAUGCGUCGCGGUUUUUUGCCGAAAAUUGGAAAACCGCGAUCAGUGCGUCGCGGUUUUUCCCAAAAAUUGGAAAACCGCGACGCAGAGAUCAGUGCGUCGUGGUUUUUUGCCGAAAAUAGGAAAGCCGCGACGCAGAGAUCAGUGCGUCGCGGUUUUUUCCCAAAAAUUGGAAAACCGCGACGCAGAUGAGAUACAAUGCGUCGCGGUUUUUUGCCGAAAAUAGGAAAACCGCGACGCAGAGAUCAGUGCGUCGCGGUUUUUUCCCAAAUAUUGGAAAUCCGCGACGCAGAGAUCAGUGCGUCGCGGUUUUUUUCCGAAAAUUGGAAAACCGCGACGCAGAGUAAGGACAACGCGUCGCGGUUUUUCACAAAUUGGUCGAAUUCGGUAUCAAAAUGCGUGGAUUUUUCCAAAUUUCAAAUUUUCAGGCAACGCCGCGCGUCCUACCGUAAUCAGAAAAUGACGCAAGGUGAAAUCAACGUUGCGAUUGCGAAUGCGUGGCAAGAAUUGAGUGCGGAAGAGCGUAAGGUAAAUUUUGGGCAGGAAAUUUAAAUUUAGAGAUUUUGACGGCAAAAAUUCAAUCCGCGCUCCACCGAAAUAAACACGCAACGCAGACCGCGCCGCGCCACAACACACACAAAAAGGGAGGGAAUUCGAAUCGUUCCCUUAUUUGUAUGUGUUGUGGCGCGACGCGGUCUGCGUUGCGUGUUUAUUUCGGAAAUUUUGAAAAUUCAAAUUUCUUUCAGCCUUUCGAAAUUCUGGCUGCGAAAGACAAGGAAAAAUCGAAAAAAGCAUGGAAAGCCUACGAAAAAACGGCGGAAUUUGCCGAAUUUCAAAAAAGCGAAACGAAAUUUCGCGGCGAAAAAUGGAAGAAAACGAAAAGCUAA